AUGGAGAACGCCUCCAACAGUAGCCAGGGGUCCUUAGAGCCGCCUGUCGCGGGAAGCAGCUGGAAGGUGCUGGCCGGGUGCUUGCUGGCCCUGCUGGUGCUGAGCACCCUGAUGGGCAAUGCCCUCGUGUGCCUGGCCGUCCUCCGGUUCCACCACUUGCGCUCCAAGAUCACCAACUGGUUCGUGCUGUCGCUGGCCGUGUCCGACCUGUGUGUGGCGCUGCUGGUGAUGCCCUGGAAGGCGGUCACGGAGGUGGCGGGCGGCCUGUGGCUCUUCGGCUCCCGCUUCUGUGACACCUGGGUGGCCUUCGACAUCAUGUGCUGCACGGCGUCCAUCCUUCACCUCUGCAUCAUCAGCCUGGAUCGCUACUGGGCCAUCGCCAGCCCCUUCCGCUACGAGCGGCGCAUGACCCGGUGCCUGGCCUCCGCCAUGAUUGCCCUCGCCUGGAGCCUCUCCAUUCUUAUUUCUUUCAUCCCUGUCCAGCUCCACUGGCAUAAAGCUGAGGCAGGGAGGAGUCAAGGGAUGCCCAAAGCGGGACCCCACCUCUGUGACACCAGUCUGAACCGCACGUACGCCAUCACUUCCUCCCUGAUCAGCUUCUACAUCCCGGUGGCCAUCAUGAUUGGCACCUACACACGCAUCUACCGCAUUGCUCAGGCUCAGAUCCGUCAAAUAUCUUCUCUGGAAAGGGCAGGGGGGCUGUCCUCGACUCAGGGGAAAGGGCCCACCGCCGCCCUGAGGAGUUUGCUGCGCAAGGAGACCAAGGUAUUCCAGACUUUGGCUAUCAUUAUGGGGGUCUUUGUAUGCUGCUGGCUGCCGUUCUUCCUGCUCAACUGUCUGUUGCCCUUUUGUGAAGCGAAGCCCAACAGCGGGAGUUCUGCACAGCUGCCGUGCAUCAGCCACACUACUUUCAAUGUCUUCACGUGGUUCGGCUGGGCCAAUUCUUCCAUCAACCCGGUCAUCUAUGCGUUCAACGCAGACUUCCGGAGAGCCUUCAGCAGCCUGCUCGGCUGUCCUUACCUUUCUUGCUGGGCUGCCAGAAGCUCCGCCACGAGGAGAGUCAAUUUGAGCAAUGAGCUGGUCUCUUAUCACCAUGGCUUCUCCUACCACAAAGAUGGAGAGGUCCCUGUUCCAAUGGCUUGGAGUCAGUCACUGCCCUGUACAAUGAGCUUCCAAAGGCAUGAACAGAGCCCCGGAGAACCUUUGUUAGAGAAAGGGACGCUGCUGCCAUGUCAAGCUGAUCAGAGAAGCGGUACCAAAGAUCUUAACCUGCCGACAAUAUUGCCCUUUGAGUGUGAGACUGAGGUAUCUUUGGAGACCAUCACUCCUUUUACAGGGAUCACUGAACAUAUAUAAAGCUGCCUCAUGCACUGAAUCAGACCAUUGGUCUAUCAAGGUCAGUAUUGCUUACUCGGAUUGGCGGCAGCUCUUCCGGUCUUUCACAUCAACUACUAAAAGGUCCUUCUAGCUGGAGGUGCCAGGGAUUGAACCCAGGGCCUUCUACACGUAAAGCAGAUGCUCUGUCACUGAGCCACGGUGCCUAAUGGACAGCAGAAUCUUUACAGCCCCAUCUAAGAUAUGUGGAACCGACACAAGUGGAUUGGUGCAUCUUGCAGAGGUACACAGCUGCAAAGGAAAAAAAACAGUCCCAUAAUCCUCUUCCACUUUCCUAAG